AUGAUGGCCAAGAGUAAUGGUCUGCACAGCUCGCUGGCCAACCGCCACUCCUGCCCACCUGCCCAAGCCCGAGUGGAGGGUGACGUGGAGGGGACGGGGCUCAGCACCAGGAGGACCUGCUCAACCCAGGAUGACACCUCCUCAGAGCUGCAGAGAGGGGCUCCCCCAGAUGGGGGGGAACAGCCGGCUGCCUCUGCUUUCCAAGGGAGGCGAGCCUUGGCCAGGAUAGUCCGGCUGGUGCUGGUGCUGAGGGACUGGGCCAGCAAGAGCUUGCACGAGGAGCAGCAAAGGCCAGACCCCUUCCUCGAGCGCUUCCAGGGCCCCGAGCUCCAGACAGUGGCUGCAAGUGCUGGCAACAAUCUAGAGGACGAGGACACCGAGGAGGAAAACAAAAAGAAGAAAUGGCAGAUCUUUGUGGUGGACCCUGCAGGGGACUGGUAUUACCGUUGGCUGGCUGUCAUUGCAGUUCCUGUCCUCUAUAACUGGUGCUUGCUUGUAGCCAGGGCUUGCUUCAGUGACCUGCAAAAGACCUACGUUGUCCUCUGGCUGGUGUUAGACUACCUCUCGGACUCUAUCUACAUUGGGGACAUAGUGAUCCGCCUGCGCACAGGUUUCUUGGAACAGGGCCUCCUGGUUAAGGAUCUGAAGAAAUUAUGGGAUAACUAUAUCCACACCUUACAGUUCAAGCUGGAUGUUCUCUCCAUCCUGCCCACAGACCUGGCAUACUUUGCUGUGGGAUUGCACUGCCCUGAAUUGCGUUUCAACAGGCUGCUGCACUUCUCCCGCAUGUUUGAGUUCUUCAGUAGGACUGAGACCAGAACCAGCCACCCCAACAUCCUCCGCAUCAGCAACUUGGUUCUUUACAUCCUGGUCAUCAUCCACUGGAAUGCAUGCAUUUACUAUGCCAUCUCCAAGGCCAUAGGCUUUGGAGAGGACACCUGGGUCUAUCCUAAUGUCACAGACCCUGAAUAUGGGUAUCUGACCCGGGAGUACGUCUACUGUCUCUACUGGUCUACGUUGACUUUGACUACCAUCGGAGAGACACCCCCACCUGUGCGUGAUGAAGAGUACCUCUUCGUGAUCUUUGAUUUCCUCAUCGGUGUCCUCAUCUUUGCCACCAUUGUGGGGAAUGUGGGGUCCAUGAUAUCCAACAUGAAUGCCACCAGGGCAGAGUUCCAGGCAAAAAUUGAUGCCAUCAAACACUACAUGCAGUUCCGCAAGGUGAGCAAAGACAUGGAAACCAAAGUCAUCAAGUGGUUUGACUACCUGUGGACCAACAAGAAGGCAGUAGAUGAACGGGAAGUCCUCAAGAAUCUCCCUGAUAAGUUAAGGGCAGAGAUUGCCAUCAACGUUCACCUGGAGACACUGAAGAAGGUGAGGAUUUUCCAGGACUGUGAGGCAGGUCUACUGGUGGAGCUGGUGUUGAAGCUUCGCCCUCAGGUGUUCAGCCCAGGGGAUUACAUUUGCCGGAAAGGAGACAUUGGGAAAGAGAUGUACAUCAUCAAGGAGGGGAAGCUGGCCGUGGUGGCGGAUGACGGAAUGACACAGUAUGCUUUGCUCACUGCAGGAGGCUGCUUUGGUGAGAUCAGCAUCCUCAACAUUAAAGGGAGCAAAAUGGGCAACAGGCGCACAGCCAACAUCCGCAGCUUGGGCUACUCUGAUCUCUUCUGCCUGUCAAAGGAAGAUCUUAUGGAAGCAGUCACAGAGUAUCCUGAUGCCAAAAAAGUCUUGGAGGAGCGUGGCCAGGAGAUCCUGAUCAAGGAAGGGCUGCUGGAUGAGUCAGCUGCAGAGGCAAGCACAGAAGGGGAAAGCGUGGAGGAGAAGCUGGACAGGCUGGCCUUGUACCUGGACAUACUGCACACCCGUUUUGGCCGGCUCCUGACAGAGUACAAUGACGCCCAGAUGAAGCUCAAGCAGCGCAUCACUGUUCUGGAGUCCAAGAUGAGGCAGCAGGAUCUGGAGGACUUGUUCUCUGAUAGCUCAGACAGUCUGCUUGAGGAUGAGGAGAAAGCUUUACAUGGUGGGAUGCAAUGA